UUAUAUGAGAAGCUGGAUUUGCAUCAAAUCUCAACUUCACCACUUCCAGUUCGAGAGAAUGGUGAGCUCAACCAAGGGUAAAGUCUGUGUAACUGGGGCUUCAGGCUUUCUCGCCUCUUGGCUCAUCAAAAGACUCCUUGAGUGUGGAUAUCAUGUGAUAGGGACAGUCAGAGACCCAGGGAAUCGGAAAAAAGUUGGACACCUUUGGAAAUUACCAGGCGCAAAUGAGAGGCUCCAACUUGUGAGGGCUGAUUUAUUGGAGGAAGGGAGCUUUGAUGAUGCUGUGAUGGCUUGUGAGGGUGUCUUCCACAUUGCAUCACCUGUCCUGGGGAAAUCCGACUCCAAUUGCAAGGAAGCAACACUUGGUCCUGCAAUUAAUGGUACGCUAAAUGUGCUAAGGUCGUGCAAGAAGAGUCCAUUUCUCAAAAGGGUUGUUCUCACAUCUUCAUCGUCAGCGGUGAGGAUUAGGGACGAAACUCAGCAGCCAGAACUGUUGUGGGAUGAAACAACAUGGAGCUCUGUGUCACUCUGCGAAAAGCUACAGCUAUGGUAUGCCCUGGCAAAGGUAUUUGCAGAGAAAGCAGCAUUGGACUUUGCCAAGGAGAAUAACAUUGACCUUGUGACCGUUCUUCCUUCAUUCGUGAUUGGGCCCAGCUUGUCCCAUGAAUUGUGUACUACUGCUUCUGAUAUCCUUGGUUUACUUCAAGGUGACACCGAUAGAUUCACUUCGUAUGGGAGGAUGGGAUAUGUUCACAUUGACGACGUUGCACGGAGCCACAUCCUAGUGUACGAAACACCCGAGGCAAGGGGCAGAUAUCUGUGCAGUUCAGUAGUUCUUGAUAACAAUGAAUUGGUUGGCUUACUCACGAAGCAGUUUCCAGUAUUCCCUAUUCCAAGGAGGCUCAGUAACCCCUAUGGGAAGCAGGCGUAUCAGCUAAACACAUCCAAGCUCCAGGGGCUGGGUCUCAAGUUCAAAGGAGUGCAAGAGAUGUUCAACGACUGCGUCGAGUCGCUGAAGGACCAGGGCCAUUUGCUGGAGUGCCCGUUGUGAAAAUAGAGACAACAUGAACAAGCAGUAGCCAAGCACGUCGCAACUAUGUCUAGAUCAUGUCAGUUCUCGAGUCUUUUUUUUUCCUCUUCAAAUAAUCGCCAUGUCGUCUCGUUACUAUACCAAAUAUCAACUGUCACUCGCCAAUUAUGCGACAACAGGAAAUGUUUCCAUAUGCUUUGCAAUUGAUUCAAUCAGCAAUGAAACAUUUGAAACGUUGAAUAGAGAUCAGUUACUUCUAUCAUGCA